UGAAUCCACUCCGAUUACACUCUCAUAAUUUCCAAAAACAGCGAAUCACGUACACGAAGAAGUUUACCAUAACACAAACUCAUAACAAUUUAGAUCGUUGAUGAUAAGCAUGAGGAGGUAUCUUCUUCAACGUUCACUAUCUCCAGAGCUGCAGCUGUAGUUGAAAAAAUUGAAUAAUUUUGAUAAGGCGAAGGCAUAAGGAAAUGCCGAGAAGGCAAGGGAAUCAUUCCCGGCGAUAUGGAGAUACGGCAGGAUUUAAUUCUAACUCACGAUCUCCUUUUAUUCCCAUUAUUCUCUUUGUUCUGGGAGCACUCUUUAUAUUUGCCUAUAUGUAUAGGGGCUCAGGUGGAUUGGGUGGCAAUAUAGGAGCUUUUAGUAGGAUAGAAGGUGAUUAUUCAUGCACAGUAGAGGUCCAACGAGCAAUUCCAAUUCUGAAGAAGGCAUAUGGCGACAGCAUGCAUAGAAUUUUGCAUGUUGGCCCGGAUACUUGCUCUGUGGUUUCUAUAUUGCGGAAAGAAGAGGAAACCGAAGCUUGGGGUGUUGAACCAUAUGAUAUUGAGGAUGUAGAUGGUCUCUGCCGAUCAUUGGUGCGGAGAGGCAUUGUGCGCGUUGCUGAUAUCAAAUUUCCUCUUCCUUAUAGGCCAAAAUCAUUUUCGCUUGUUAUUGUGUCUGAUGCAUUGGAUUACUUGUCUCCAAGAUACCUCAACAAAACGCUUCCUAAUUUGGCUAGAGUAUCAUCUGAGGGUCUUGUAAUAUUUACAGGCCUUCCAGGUCAGCACAGAGCCAAAGUUGCAGAAGUGUCUAAAUUUGGAAGAGCAGCAAAAUUAAGGAGCUCGUCUUGGUGGGCACGAUACUUCAUCCAGACCAGCUUAGAAGAAAAUGAAACAGCUCUUAAGAAGUUUGAGCAGGCUGCAACAAAGAACUCUUACAAGCCAGGUUGCCAAAUUUUCCAUCUCAAGGCAUACAAUUGAUUUUUCCGUAGCUCACAAUUAAUAUUGAUUGAACUUAAAUUGUUCAUGCUCCCAUGUGGUAUGAGUAAUUCAAAUUCUUUGUAGGAAACCUGAUCUAGUAAUUCAUUUUUGUCCUUUAUUCCAA